AUGUCUAUCCACGCUAACGGCCGAACCCCUUCACAGGCCUUCAGCAAAUCCCCUUUCCGCACCAGAUCCGACCUACAAGAAGCAUGCCGCGCCCUUCUCGAUCCGCUAGUACCCCUCUUUACAGCAGGCGGAACACGUGUCAAAGUAGGCACAUCGACGACACGAUUCGACGAAGGCGGAGCCCAGAUCGAGGGAUACGCUCGCCCGCUAUGGGGUCUGGCCUCGCUGCUAGGCGGCGGAUAUGAAUACGCCGAGGCUGAGCGCUGGCGCCAGGGAAUCAUCAACGGCACUGAUCCCGAACACCCGGAGUUCUGGGGUCAUAUUGAAGAUAUGGACCAGCGCAUGGUGGAGAUGUGUCCGAUUGGGUUUGCGCUUGCUGUUGCGCCUCAUGUCUUUUGGGAUCCAUUGACAGAGAAGCAGAGGGGGAAUGUUGGUAGUUGGCUGGCGAGUAUUAAUGCGCGCGAAAUGCCGAAUACGAAUUGGCUGUGGUUCCGCGUCUUUGCAAACUUGGGCCUCAGAAAGAAUGGCGCUGAAUACUCUUUGUCUCGUAUCGAGGCUGAUAUGGAUCAUCUGGAUACCUUCCAUGUUGGCGGAGGAUGGAGCAAUGAUGGACCUAAGAGUCAUCAUCAGAUGGAUUACUAUUCCGGCUCAUUCGCCAUCCAGUUCUUGCAGCUUCUUUAUUCAAAGCUGGCGGGUGACUUUGAUCCUGAGCGUGCUGAGCGCUAUCGCCAGCGGGCAAGGGAGUUUGCUAUAGAUUUUGUGCACUACUUCGAUCCUAACGGCAGUGCCAUUCCAUUCGGACGCUCUAUGACCUAUCGGUUUGCCAUGGUUGGAUUCUGGGGUGCAUUAGGCUUCGCAGACGUCGAACUACCGGAACCACUGACAUGGGGCGUGGUUAGGGGAAUUCUCCUUCGCCACUUCCGAUGGUGGUCUACUCAGGAAGACAUGUUCAACAACGAUGGCACCUUGAAAUUACAAUUCCCGGGGUCACCGUACUGGUGCUGUCUCUCGUUCACGCCAUUGGCACUACCGGAGACGCAUCCCUUCUGGUCCGCGCAAGAGGAGCCUUACCCAAGUUCCUCUUUACCCGAAGUGGUGGCCCUAAAGUACCCCAAACAUAUUGCCAUUCGUCGUGGUGGACACUCCUUCCUGCUGUCUUCUGGCCAAGCAUGCCACUACCCCCUCAAAGCAACACAGGCCAAGUAUGGCAAGUUUGCAUACAGUUCUGCCUUUGGAUACUCGGUUCCGACGGGUGGCUACCAGCUGGAGCAGCAUGCCCCAGACAGCAUGCUUGCGUUGUCAGACGACGGCGGCGACAUCUGGCAGACUAGACGGCUGGCGCUCGAUGCGCGCUUUGAGGAACCAGAGCUCAAUGGCCAACCUAUUCUUGUUUCUGGUUGGAAACCGUGGCCAGAUGUUGAUAUAGAGACCAUUCUCAUCCCGCCGACGCAGGAAACUGAGAACUGGCAUCUGCGCGCUCACCAUGUGCGCACUGGUCGUGCUUUACAGACCUCUGAAGGUGCCUUUGCUAUUUACGGAUGUCGUAGCGAUAAUGGUCGUACCUUGGGGCCUAUGACUGGGGAUGAUUCUGAGGGGACAAUGCACGACAGCCGGAGUGGAUUGGUGGUUUCAUCGGCUGGGGCUGUUGGCAUCGCGGAGCUCCAUUCGCCCAUUGUGCGGGCUGGCCGGAUCGUCUUGGCUGAUCCAAACUCCAAUAUCAUUCAUGGACGCACACUUUUGCCGUCACUUUCGGUGGACUUGGUAGCUGGCCAGGAUUGCUGGUUUGUCACGGCCGUUUAUGCUGUGCCAGACUGUCAACGGGAUUGGAAGGCAGGUUGGGAGAAGAAACCAGUUAUUCCAGAGUGGCUACAGAAGAGGAUGCAGAGUACAGAUCAGAGUUGA